GACGUCCGCUAGGCGACGAACCUCGAUCAGAGAACUUUGACUAUGUGUAUUGCAUCCCCUAUAAAAGGGGCGAGACUCCUCAUUGUAAUGGACCGAAAGUUUAGAACGAAUAAACUCCUACUUUGCAUUCUCUCUCUCUAAAACUUAUAUUAUUCUUUAUUCUCGGUGGUUUAUAGCCAUCAAAUUGGUGCUCUCGUUGAGAGGAGAGGAACAUACUCGUAGGUUAACUCCCGAACACGAGAAUGGUGCAAACAAGGAGCAACGUCCCCACCACCAGCCACGUAGUUGGCGAGGAGAACGCACCGGCCAGCGGCAACGGUACGGGAGGUAUCGGCUCGACUCCGGACGCGGUCCAGGCGCUGUUCGGCUUGGGGGUGACCGCGGAGCAGCUCCAGGCGGCCGUUGCGGCACUUUCUGCCUUGGGUGGGAACGUGCCCGGCGUCGGAGCAGGAAAAGCUCCGCCCGGACCCCACGCCGAGCUCGCUGCCACUUCCCAGCACAAGGGGAAGAAGACCAGGAGUAGUAGGAGGCCCUGCAAGGCCCCGGCGAUCGAGGAAGUGAUUGUGGAGGACGUUCCGGAAGGAGAAGAGGAUGAAUCCAGCGAAGGCCGAGUGUCAGCCUUCAGACGCUUGGGAGGCGAAGAAACACGGGUGUCGGCCUUCGACAGGCUCGACCGCGGACCGGAUGGUCGCAUGGGCGACCUCCACCGACAAAUAACCGAAGGUAGGCGGAGGCAUGCUGAGGAGUCCGCAACAUCGAAUGCCCGCUCGGCGAGGCCCGAGCGGAGCGGAGAGAGGCGGGACGAGCGCACCCAGCGACGCCAUAGCCCGACGAGAACUGAGAAGACGAAAGUCUCUGACCAAGGGGUAUCUCGGCUCGCCCAUGAGAUUGCCGAGCUAAAGCGCCGAGUGGAGACCAGAGCUCCCUACAGCCAGCCUAUCUUGCGGACGGUGACCCCGUUCACUCCGAGGGUCAUGUCGAUUCCACUACCGGCAAACUUUCGGCCGUGGCAGAUCAAGGCCUACAACGGAACGACGGACCCCCAAGAUCAUUUGUCCAAGUUCUACGCUUCUAUGGAAGCGGCGGCAGCCCCGGACGAGGUCAAGUGCCGAUGCUUUCUCGCGACGCUGGAGGGCUCCGCGUGCGAUUGGUUCAACCGGCUCCCGAAGGGAACCAUUGACGAUUGGGAUACGCUGGCGGAGAAGUUCUUGACGCAUUUCGCGGCCAAUCGAAGGCAGAGGCUACCUUACUCCCACCUACUCAACAUAUGCAUCCGCAAGGGAGAAAAGGUUCGCGACUUCAUAGUCCGGUGGGAGAAGGAAGCCAGAGACGUGCCUGGGGCGGAUGACCAAGCGUUGGUUGCCAUGUUCCAGGCAGCCCUUCCCCGCAGAGAGGUGAGGAAGGAGCUCUGCAAGAAUCCUCCCCCCACGUACCAAGAGACCUUGGCGCGCGCAAAGUUCUUAGCCUCGGAGGAGUUCGACGACGCCCCAGACUCCGAGGCCGCACCGGCCAAGCGAGCUCCAGUGGACUCGGUAGAGACCGCGAAGAAGAGGAAGAAGAAGAAAGACUACACCGCGGGCCCGAGGAUGCCCUCGGCCGGAGUGUACUCCGUGGGCGCCCCCGUGGGGACGGGUAGAGAGCUUGCCCUCUCCCCGCUCCCUCACGUAGAGGCUUACGCGGUGGCCAGCGGAGCCAAGUAUUGCGAGUACCAUCGUAACAACACUCAUAACACUAAGGAAUGCUUCACUCUUCAGAAGGAAAUGCAGCGACUCAUCGCCCGAGGGCCGCCUCCGCGAGACGACGCCGCUACCCCCUCCCGGGGGCCGCCGGAAGGAAGAACUUGGAGGAAGCCGACUGAGCCAGUCGCAGUGGCGACACAGGCAAGGAACCCCGAGAAGAGGCACAUCGGGCGGGAGUGCGACGAUCUAGACGAAGACGAAGCCCAAGGAUAUCCGGUGAGAUUUAUCCAUGGGGGAAACAUUGGCGGGGACUCCGUCGCUCAAAGGAAGAGGUGGAAGCACAUGGCCUUUGUCGCCAAGGUCCAUCAAGCGCCGGUGCCCAAGCUCGGAAGACGAGAGCAGAUCCAAUUCACGGAGAAGGAUCUUCCAAACACGCCAAGCCCCCACCGGGAUGCCUUAGUCAUGAAGAUGGAGAUUAACAAUGCCAUAGUGCACCGCACCUUGGUGGACACGGGAAGCUCAGUUAACAUAAUGUAUGAGAAGACUUUCCAAGACCUCGGCUUGGAUCGCAAGGACUUGAAGCCCGUACGCACUCCCCUCUCCGGCUUCACGGGGGACUCCAUCGAGGCCGAAGGAGUCAUCACCGUGCCCGUAAUAAUAGGGGAUGGUGCGCACAAGGCCAAGUUGAAGAUGGAGUUCAUGGUUGUGAGCAUCAAUUGCGCGCACAACAUGAUCCUGGGACGGCCCGGCCUUGAGGACUUGGAAUGUGUGAUCUCCCCGUACUACUUGUGCAUGAAGUUCCCCACCCCGUCCGGGAUCGGGGUGGUGAGGGGAGACCAGAAGUUAGCCCGGUCGUGCUACGUCCGGAUCACAAAGAAGUUGCCAAGAGAUGAGACACUGGUCGUGAACGCGCAGGAGGAAAUGCGCAAGAUGGAAGCACGGCCGAAGGCCGAGCCCGCCGAGGAAGUCGAGGAAGUGCCGCUCGACCCGCGGGCACCCGAGCGGAGGGUUAAAGUUGGGGCGAGCCUAACGGGGAGCCAGCGGAAACGCUUGGUGGGCGUGCUCGCCGCCUACCGUGUGAUCUUCGCGUGGGGGCCAGGAGAUAUGCCAGGUGUGGACCCCAAGAUCAUAUGUCACCGCCUAGCAGUCAAUCCGGAGUCUAGGCCGCGGUUGACGCCAUACUUCCAAGCUCACCCGGUCCAGGUGCUCUCCCAGCAGCCCAUAGGUGCGCUGCUCAGGAGCCCGAACGCGCCCUCCCGCAUGUCCAAGUGGGCGGUGUUCCUUGGAGCCUUCCAAAUCGAGUUCAAGCCAAGACCGGCGAUCAAGGGACAAGCACUGGCCGACUUCGUGGUAGAGUGCACCGCUCGAGAAGAGCCGAGCCCUACACUUGAAACCGAUGAUUGGUGGACAGUUUUUUCCGACGGCUCCUCCGCCGCCAAAAACUCGGGGGGUGGAGUGGUGGUCAUCGCUCCCGAAGGCUUCAGGGCAUACUACUCGGUGCGAUUCGGCUUCAAGGCAUCGAAUAAUGAGGCGGAGUAUGAAGCGCUCUUGUGCGGGCUACGCCUAGCAGCCGGGAUGAACGCGACAAAGCUAAGGAUAAAGUGCGAUUCGAAGCUGGUGGUUGGCCAUGUCUCGGGAGAGUUCGAGGCGAAGGACGAAAGAAUGAAGAAAUACAGGGAUACGGCUUUGGAACUCCUUAAGAGCUUCACCGCGUAUAGUGUCGAGCAGAUUCCUCGGGCAGAGAAUGCCGAGGCAGACAUCUUGUCAAAGCUGAGCUCAGACACGCCCGAGCACAUCAGGCGGAUGGCGAACGUGGAAGAGUUGUCCGAGCCAAGCAUUCACGCUUCCCCCGUGGCGAUGAUCUGUGACAGGCCCAGAGAUUGGAGGAACGACAUAGUUGCCUUCUUGAAGGAUGGCGUCCUCCCGGACGAUGCAGUGAAAGCCAAGUUGGUCCGAACAAGGGCACCGGGGUAUACAUUGGAAGGCGGGAAGCUAUACAAGCGGGCAUACAACGGGACGCUACUCAAGUGCCUUAGACCAACUAAAGCGAAACAAGUCAUGGAAGAAGUGCACGCAGGCAUCUGCUCCGCCCACCAAGGAGCAUACGCGGUGUCAAGGAAGAUAACCCUCCAAGGAUACUUUUGGCCCACAAUUGUGAAGGAUUGCGCGGAGUUUGUGAGGAAAUGCAAGGUUUGCCAAGAGUUCCACAAGGUACCAGGGAGGCCUUCAACAAGCUAUACCCCCAUCAGCACAGCUAUUCCGUUCGCACGAUGGGGGGUGGACCUCGUGGGCGCGCUCCCUAGGGAUACCGGGAGCGUGAGGUACGUCAUCGUAGCCAUUGACUAUUUUACUAAGUGGGUGGAAGCAGCCCCACUGGCAAGCAUCACCGGAGCUCAAUGCCAGAAGUUUCUCGCGAAGCAAGUUAUUUGCCGCUUCGGCGUUCCCGAGCACAUAAUCACCGACAAUGGGACACAAUUCGAGUCAAAGCCAUUCAGCGCCUUCCUCGAGAGUUGGGGGAUCAAGCACAGCUAUGCGUCGGUCGGGUACCCUCAAACAAAUGGUCAGGUCGAGAACGCCAACCGAACGAUAAUUGAUGGUCUGAAGCGGAAAUUGGAAGCUUGUGGAGGGGAGUGGGCAGAGGAGCUGCCCUACAUCCUAUGGACCUACCGGACCACGCCUAGGAGGGCGACCGGGGAAACCCCCUUCGCCUUGUGCUACGGAUUCGAGGCGAGGGCUCCUGCGGAGAUCUCCAUCGCUACUCACCGGGAGGAAAUCUUAGACCCUGAGUGUAACGAAGAAGCCCUGGCAGCCGAGCUUCAUCUCGUACACGAGAGGCGAGAAGCGGCCUUCAUACGGGCUGAAAAUUACCGAAGGAAGGUGAAGAGCUACCAUGACGGGCGUGGGCGCGCUCGGGGGUUCACCGAAGGAGACUGGGUGCUGCGCAAGAGGUCUGUAAGCCGCCCCCUAGAAGGUGGAAAAUUUGCCAAGAAUUACGAAGGCCCCUACAUUAUCAAAGAAGUGGUAGGCCCCUCGACGUUCCGCCUGCAGACGCCGAGUGGAGGGGAUGUGCCCAGGACUUGGAAUGCCGAGAAUUUGAUUAAGUUUUAUCAAUAGAAAUGUACACGGGCCCGAAAAUGGGAACCCGCAACACCAUGAUUGAAUUCAAUGAAAUGGAAUUUUGUUUGCGAACAAGGUCUAAUCCUCGUACUCGGCAUUCCCCCUCGGGGGAAGAGCCGAGCACAAACCAUGUCCGGAUGUUCUUCCCGGAUAAAGGCCUAACCUUCGU